AUGCAGAGAAUGCUUCAGUUUCAGCAGAGCUCAUCUCGUGCUUCCGCAGCGUACGUUUCUCUUUCCAACGCAGAAACGCACGUUCCCUACUUCGGAAGAUUGAGGUCUUACUCGUCUUGUUCGAAUACCUCGCCGACGACACUGUUCGUUGAUCGCAACGAGGAACUGCUACGGCAAAGAUUAUAUUCUUUCCUUGAAGGAUUUGAGAACGGCGAAAUACCUAAUACGGAUGAACUGAGAUCCUUCUUCGUUGAGAAAUUAGGGAUCAAGGAUCCCAAACGUUGCAGAGAUGAAAUCGAGUUUUUAGAAGAGCAGAUUUCGAAUCACGACUGUGAUGAUUUGGAGCCUUCAAGGUCUGUGAUUAACGGGUUUGUAGCUAUCACACGGUAUUGCAUGUAUUCGUUGUUUGGGUUUGAAGAUGGGUUGGAUUGGAGUAUCAUCGAGAACUCCAAGAAACUGAGGAAAUGUUUAGUUGCGGAGGAGAUCGUGGACACGUUUACAACACUACCAAAGGAUUUUGUAUGCUCCAUCUCUCUUAGUUUGAUGAAAGAUCCUGUGAUUGUUUCCACUGGACAAACUUAUGAUCGGAGCUCAAUCGUUAGGUGGUUUAAAGAAGGUCACUCUACUUGUCCCAAAACAGGACAAAAGAUUGUGGACUCUUCUUGUGUUGUUCCUAACCGAGCUUUGAGAGACUUGAUAACACGUUGGUGCGCUGCAACGGAGUUUGGAGAGUCACCCGACGAGGAGUCUCCUGCUUGGGUUAUGCAAACGAGAGCUUCAAUGAAAGCAACUAAAGCCACUGUAUUGAUUCUCAUACAACAUCUAGCUGGUGAGUCAGAGUUAGCUCAGGUAGUGGCGGCAAGAGAGAUCCGUCUUCUAAGCAAAAUAGUAAGGGAAAGAGGUGAACUGAUCGCAGAAGCAGGUGCAAUCCCACAUUUGGUUAGGCUUCUUAAAUCCCAAAACGCUGUUACGCAAGAGCAGUCGGUUACAGCAAUGCUUAAUUUGUCUGUAUGCGAAUGCGAGUUAAACAAGAGCCUGGUCAUGGAGGAAAAUGAUUGCCUUGAGUCUAUUGUGAGUGUUCUCGCCUCGGGUCUUACUUUGGAAGCUCGAGGGAACGCAGCAGCCACAUUGUACUGUCUUUCUACAGUACAUGAAUAUAAGAAACGGAUCGCAAACGCUGUUGGCUGCAUCGAAUCACUUGUAUUGCUGUCUCAAAAUGGAAAGCCGAGAGGGAGAAAAGAUGCUAUCAACGCUUUAAGUGGUAUAUGGAGAGAUCCAGAUAAUCACAGUAAGAUGAUAAACUCGGUAGGAGUGUUAGCUCUAGUGAAAGCUUUGGCGGAUAAGGAUGAGGCUGUGGCGGAGAGAGCGGUGGUAGUGUUGGCUGUAGUAGCGAAUAAUUCUUUAGGCGCAGAGACUAUAGGAAGAGAGGAAUCAGCUGUGGCGGGGCUCAUUGAAUUGAUGAGAUGUGGAACACCAAGGGGGAAAGAAAAUGCGGUUGCUACCUUGUUACAUCUCUGCGUAAACGGUGGAGCAGUUGUGGUGGAGAAGGUGGUGAGAGCACCGGAUCUUACUGGUUUGACCCAAAACGUUUUGCGCACGGGUACAGACCGAGGUAGGCGGAAUGCGACUUCACUCCUUGGUUUGUUUCUUAACGGGUGCGAAAACACAGCAAUGAUGCGGUCUGGUAAUAGAGAAGGGGGUUUUGAAACCCAUGUCUCCCUACCACCCAUUUCUGUUCCCGUAUCUGUCUUGUGA